AUGAAUUUCCGUGUUGUGUUUCUUACGGUGUUUCUCAGUGUACCAUUUUGUUGUUGUCAAAACGUCACAGAAUUAUCGGGAACAUCUCCAAAUGGAAGCUCACUGUCUGGUACAAAUCAAAAUUCUGAACCACAAAAGGGGGUGAUCAAUGCUGGAAGCACGCCAUCAUCUGGAACAUUAUCAAUAGCGUCUUUGCAAGCUAUGCUUGCUACACUAAUGAUGACCAACAAACAAACUGUUGCUGCCGCAAGUAAGCCGACUGUGACAAAUACUGGUAGUAAACAACCAACUGCUACUGGACAACCAACUCUUUCUCAACCCAGAAAACAACUCAUUCUGACAAAUAGACGAAGAAAUCCUAGAAGAUGGGGACGUGUUUUUAUAGACAACAAGAGCAAUUUAUGUGCAUUCGAGAGACAAAAUUUCUUAAACUCAUUCGGACUUCAUGACAAAUUAAAAAAGGACAUUGUUGAAAACUUGAAUAAAAUCAGAAAAGACGUUAAAGCUCAAAACAUGAAUUGUCUGCUAUGGAGUGAAAAACUUGCAGCUAAAGCGGCCAAACUAGUAAAGGAAUGCACCUAUCAAAAUACUAAUAAAGCAGCUAUUACAUCCAUGGUAUAUGAAAAAGAAAUCGGUGAUCAAUUGGUUGGGAGAUCUCUCAGUAGAUGGAUGGACAAUAAAAAAUAUUUUUCAUAUGGUAACGAUUGUCGAGAUACUGGUGGUUGUCAAUUCUCUCAGAUUGUUUGGGCAAGGUCUAAAAUAAUUGGUUGUGCCGCUGAAAGAUGUAGUGAUAUGACGAACAUGGUCUGUUUGUUUGAGCCAAAAGGCAACGUUAGAAAUGAACUACCCUAUCUUACUGGUAAUCAAUGUGCACAAUGUUCAGCAUCCCGAGGUUCAACUCCAACAUGUAAUAAGGACAAACUCUGUGAAUGGUAUUUUCCUAGGCCGAAGUUCUGAAGAAGUCUAAGUAUGGGAAUAUAAUUCUUUAUGUAUAUUACUGUAGUAUGUGAUUAUACAGACUUUACAACGCUAUUUUUAUGUAAACACAAACCAUUCUGCUAUGGAAAUAAAACACGUUUUGAAAAUGCU